UCAUAUACGCCCUGUAGGCGAGUGCAUUUACCCAGGUACACUUAAUUAGUCGGUAAAACUGUUUUGACGCUCCGUGACUGGUAAAUGGUUUCGUGAAAAGAACAAUCAGAAAACUUCACGAUGAGCAAGGGAACUUUUGAGGUGGAAGUUGAUCGCGUCCCCAAGAGCGGUAUGAGCCGAGUUGCUAUUAUAAUAGCCGUAGUGAUCACAGCAAUGGUCGUGACAGUAAUAACAGUACCGCUCACGUACUUCCUUCACCCGAACUAUGGAAACACCGCGGCUACCAAGUCUCCCCAAACUGGACAGUGCCCUACCGAACCCCCUACCAAACCCCCUACCGAACCCCCUGCAAAACCCACUACCAAACCCACUACCGAACCCCCUCCCACACCCUAUGGCGACAUCGAAGACCACAUGAGGGUCAGCUGCCACCCCGGCUGGGAGGAAGGCACGGAAGAGAUCUGCCUCCAGAGAGGGUGUAUAUGGUCCAUGCCUAUGGUCGACACAGCCGCGCCCAAGUGCUUCUUCCCUAAGAACUAUGGUGGGUAUCGCAUGGUUGGCAAGGAGGCCGAGACGCCCAGCGGAUACCGAAUCACGCUGGACCGGAUUCCCUCCACGCCCACACUCUUUGGUGGUGACAUCACUAGACUCAUCCUGGACAUCGAGCACCAAACCGAGUACAGGCUGAGAUUCAAGUUUUACGAUCCUGCCAAGCAACGCUAUGAGGUUCCACUGAAUAUGCCCCAGGCACCCGAGACCCAACCCUUCAGGACACUGUAUGACGUGGCCUUCACAUCAAAUCCAUUCACCUUGAAGAUCACGAGGAAGGACUCCGGUGCAGUUUUAUGGGACACGUCACUUGGCCCAUUCAUCUUCUCUGACCAGUUCCUUCAGAUCACCACCAUGCUCCCGUCUACCAAUCUCUACGGUUUCGGAGAGAACGAGCAUCCGUCGUUCCGCCACGACAUUCAGUGGAAGUCGUGGGGGAUGUUCAGCCGCGAUCAGCCGCCAAGUGGCGAGGGUAAUCUUUAUGGUGUACAUCCGUUCUAUACGAGCCUUGAGGAAGACUACAAAGCACACGGGGUUAUGCUGCUCAACAGUAAUGCAAUGGAUGUUGCAUUCCAGCCAGCCCCGGCUCUCACGUAUCACACCAUUGGUGGCAUCUUGGACUUCUACAUGUUCUUGGGACCAACCCCUGAGAAUGUAGUCCAGCAGUACACGGAGGCUAUUGGACGCCCCUACAUGCCGCCAUAUUGGUCGCUGGGCUUCCAGCUUUGUCGCUAUGGAUACAAUUCGUUAGACAGAGUCAAGCAGGUCGUCGCGGGCAUGCAGAAGUACGACAUUCCUCUGGACAUACAAUACGGUGACAUCGACUACAUGAACAGGCAGAUGGAUUUCACCAUUGGUGACAGCUAUGAUGGGCUGGGGGACUUUGUUGAUGAGCUGAAGGCCAACGGCACACGCUACAUCAUUAUCUUGGAUCCAGCGAUUCCUGCUAACGAGACCAGUGGUACUUAUGCCCCUUAUGAUGACGGUGUGACCGAAGACGUCUUCAUCAAGGCAGCAAACGGAGAAAUACUCUACGGAAAGGUAUGGCCAGAUCUACCUAACAUUACUGUGGACACCAGCCAAGAAUGGGACUACCAAGUCGCGAAUUACCGUGCCCACGCCGCCUUCCCCGACUUCAGCAAACCAAGUACAGAACAAUGGUGGACCAAUCAAAUCACCGAUUUCUAUAACCGAAUCAAGUUUGAUGGGAUCUGGAUCGACAUGAAUGAGCCGGCAAAUUUUGUCGAAGGAUCAACGGAGGGAUGCGAACCAAACGAAUACAACCGUCCACCGUUUCAACCGAGGAUCUAUGGAACCAUUACGGACAAGACCAUAUGUAUGGAUGCUAAGCAGCACCGUACUUCAUCAGAUACGACCAUGCAUUAUAACAUGCAUAGUCUGUUUGGGUGGAGUCAAUCUGCUCCCACACUUAGGGCUAACGAGGCAGCGACAGGCAAGCGUGGCAUUGUUAUAUCUCGGUCUACUUACCCAGGCAGUGGCAAAUACAUCGGUCAUUGGCUGGGGGAUAAUACCAGCAAGUGGCCCGAUAUGCACAAGUCUAUCAUCGGGAUGCUUGAAUUCAACCUGUUUGGCAUUCCAUACAUCGGCGCAGACAUCUGUGGCUUUUUCCAGAACACCACCAUCGGUAUGUGCCGCCGCUGGAUGCAGCUGGGCGCAUUCUAUCCCUUUUCCAGAAACCACAAUGGCUUGAAUAACAUCCCUCAGGAUCCAGCCGCCUUUGGUGAACAGUUCGCUAAUGAUACUAGAGACGUUCUCCUGAUACGCUACACAUUGCUUCCCUACCUGUAUACAUUAUUCUACGAGGCACACACCAUGGGUUCCACUGUCGUCAGGCCGCUCAUGCAUGAAUUCACUUCAGACAGUGCAACGUGGGACAUUGAUCGUCAGUUCUUGUGGGGCCCAGCCUUACUCAUCAGUCCAGUACUCGACAAGGAUAUGGAGACAGUGGACGUGUAUAUACCAGAGGGACCUUGGUAUGUCUACAAAACGGGUCACCAGCUCCUUCGGACUCAGGAGAAUCAGCACGUCAGCAUGUACACGCCGAUGAACGAGAUCAACUUACAUGUGAGGGGCGGGUAUAUUCUGCCUACCCAGCAACCAGCCAAAUCAACAGUGUUCAGUCGUGCCAACCCAUUUGGAUUGAUUGUAGCACUUGAUGCAUCUCAGAAGGCCAAGGGAAAUCUGUUCUGGGAUGAUGGCGAAACAAAAGAUACAAUUACUAAUGGCGACUAUUUCUUUGUGGACUACAUUGCAGGAAAUGGAGUCAUCCAGUCCACCAUCACUAAUCCGAAUCCAUCACUGAUGAACACCCACGUCUUAGAUGACAUCAGGAUUAGUGGAGUGCAAGACCAGGUCACCCAGAUCAUGUAUCAGAACUCAGCGCUGGAUUCCAGCAAAUGGAACUUUGACCAGUUCAACAUGAUCUUGGAAAUAAGCAAUCUGAAUCAUCCGAUGAAUGACAAUAUCAUCCUUGAAAUGAAGUAGUCGGUCGACAAGACCGGCAACCAGCGACCUCUGCUGCCCAGUGAAAGAUGUCAACCGGCCGCUUAGUUCAUGAGUUCUCCUACAUUUAGUCUAGUGUUUCCAUGCAGGAGCAUAUACAUGUAGUUGGUGCAUUUUAACCCAGUAGUCCUAGUACUGCCCCAAAGCGCCCUGCCUGUUAUUCCUUAUACCGCCCAAAACUGCCCAAGUACUCUAUGGUUGUGAAGCGCUAACGAACAUCAUUCUUCCUACAGUUUCAUUUUGCCUGAGCUUACUGCAUCUGGCUGUCCAUUCAGCAAAUGGACGCUAUGGUGUCCAUAUCGCUACUUGUGGCUGCCUUACAUGCAAUGUUUCUCUUACCAUACAGCAAAUAAAUGCAAUAUACAUGUACAUGCAUGUCCAUAUCGGUACUCGUAGCUAAUUACAAUGUUUCUCUUAAAUCAAUGAUUUCAUUUUAUACACCAGCAUAUGAGAAGCAUGCACUCUGAGAGAUGCAUGUACGACGUUCCUUUCCUUAAAUGUCUGCAAUUCUCUUGAACUGGUAUGCAAAUCGAAACUCGAAACAGUAAAACAAAUAUUUUGCAUUACAUGAUUGGAGAGAAUCAACAGAGCACGGAACAAAUUUUCCACAGUAAAUAGGUAAAGUUAAGUCGAUCCAUAGUUCUCUAUUAGUGUCUGUACUACAUUGUUAACUUAACGUUAACUUAACGAAGAAUAAAAAACUAUCAGUUGCAGUGCUGAAAAUAAAGUGCAACACUCGAGAGUAAUAUUUUUAAGUACAAAUGUACUCCUCUUUUUCUUUAUAAUUACAUACAUUUAUUUCAAAUAUUUCAAAGCUUUGAAAAUUACACUAAAAAUUGAACAAGCAGAUUUUGCAUCAACACAUUAUCUUUAAGCGGAAAGUCAAAAGAAGCAGGCUGUUUAAUUUAAACUUAAAAAAAGGAAAAGAAAUGUAUUAGCUUUAGAGCAAGAUACCUCAUGAGGAAUUAAUUAUAGGAUUAUUAUAUGUAAAAACAAUGUUAGCAAUUACUGAGUGGCUAGAACUUCAUGUUUCCAGAUAUGACUAGGUUAUGAUUUUGAGGUAUUUUAGUGAUUAAUUCAUGUUAACAGCAUCAAAAUAUGACAUAUAGCAGAAGGCUGACCAUUCACAACAAAAUUUAAUGGUGGGUGUAUUUGGUGUCAUUUUUUUCAAGCAAAUUUCUUUAGUGUAGAAUAAUUCUGAGCAGUCCAAAAGUUACAAAGCGUAGUCCACGGCUAAAAAAAGGCAAAGUUAUCAAUGGCAUUGGUCACUCCAUCACAUAAUCUAAAAACAAAAGGAUUAGUCAAGAUUUAUGUAUACAAAUACAGUUUUGUGAAAACAAGUGGUAAAACAAUGAACUAUGGUUAUAAAAUAAAUAUGUACAACAGUUUGAAGUCAAUUUUGUUGCAUUAUUCAAAUUUGUGACUACUUACAAUUUGUUUCGGUUGUUUCCUUGAAAUAUCAGUUAUUGUGCUUUCGUCAUCAUACAUGUAUUUUUAUCCCAAAAUGCUGUCCAUUUUUAUUUCAUUGUAUUUGUACAUCCCUAAAUAACCAAACUUUUUUCACUUAGCAUAAGUGAAUCAUCAGCUGAUAAUGACAUUCCAUUUCACUUUUUAUACAUGUAUACAGUUUUUUCAAUGAUUUUGUAAUGUUAACCAUUCUUGUACUGACAUUGAUGAAUUCUGUAAGAAUCAUUGGAAAAUGAUAGAAAUAAUAAAUAAAUUGUGUUUAGGUGA